GGUCGCUCUCUGCAUGUGCAUUCGCUCAGGUCCUUGCAGAUUUCGUGCAGCGAUUCGGCCAUAUUUAUGAAUCCUCAAGGUAGGUACACGUCGAUCACGAUCCUUCGUCUACUUUUGCCUCUUUUUUUCGCCCUUUGUUGGUUUUGUUUCCUUGUUGCCAUGUAUCUCUCAAUUGAUCACUUAUUCCCACCACCUACACCCUUCCAAGGGGGUCUUGAUCGUCCCCUUGCCUCAUGAUGAUGUGCUUGCGAAUAAAGACCCCCCAAUUUCCCUCCAUCUUGGGGAGUGGUGUUCAUUCAGAAUGUCGAUAUAAUGAGCACAUGCUAUCCUCCCUACAUGAUUCGAGAGAUCGUUAUCAAACCUCUCGAUUCUCGUUGAAGUCGAUGAGCAGAUAGAUCAAGUUGUGGUAUGUAUACACUGGUUUAGACAAGCCCCAAGCCAUGGGUUUGUUCGAAAAGCCUGGCGGUUUUUUAAGCUUCAUUGAAUUCCAAGUUAUCGGAUUCUCCCAUUUACCAUCAACAUUAUGUGAAAGAGCGAAAACUAUGGAAAUCAAUAAGGAAAAUAACAAAAAUAAAAGAAGAAAAACAAAAAGAAAAGAAUGCAGACUUUAUUGCCUAGGGU